CUCAAAUUGUGUUUAUGUUGAAAAUGUUAAAUGGAAAGUUUAAAAGAUCAGUUUCAUUUUUCCAGAAAGUCAUUUACAAACUGUUUCCGGUGGAUAACGUGACGUAAUUGUACCGGGAAGUUAUGACGUUAUGAUUUGCAGCUCUGCGCAUGCUCAUCCAUUGUCGUGAGAGAGUUGCACGGCUAAGUUACGGUAUGAUGGCAGCUACACUGAAGAAACAGCGCAGAGUUGAGUAUCAACUGUCACUUUUGUGAGAGACCAUGACCCAUUGGUCCAGUCGUCAGAUCUGCUAAGUAGACAGAUACCGUUAGCUCAGCUGAAGCUAGCCCAGCUCUGUUAUUGUCUCUCGUUUAACCCAACGGCUAUUUACGCACAAGUGCCUGGAGAAAUGCAGAGAAUAAGGACUUUGAAAACUGGUUGGCAGCGGCUAAAAUCAUGCUGCGAGGGAGCAGCAAAACUUGUAAACACCUCACCUUCGGCCUCACGAAAUUACAGCAGUCUCCCUCCUCAGAACCCAAACUCAUUCGGGCUCCUCUUUGACAUCGAUGGGGUACUGGUGCGGGGCAGGACACCGAUCCCUGCGGCCAAGCAGUGCUUCAGGAACCUGGUGGACCACAAUGGGAAAUACAAGGUGCCUGUGGUGUUUGUCACCAAUGCCGGGAACUGCAUGAGGCAGACGAAAGCCGAACAUCUGUCACAUCUUCUGGAGGUGGAGGUGUCUCCCGACCAGGUGAUGCUGUCCCACAGUCCUUUGCGAAUGUUUACCUCGUUCCACAAAAUGCGUGUGCUGGUGUCGGGACAGGGUCCUGUGGUGGAGGUUGCUCACAACCUGGGCUUUCAGGAUGUUGUUACUAUAGAUAUGCUCAGAGAGGCAUAUCCUCUGCUAGAUGUCGUUGAUCACAACAGAAGACCCAAAGAUGGAAUUCCACCCACCAAAGGCUUACGGCCAAUACAUGCUGUCAUCUUAUUUGGUGAGCCAAUCCGAUGGGAGACCAACCUCCAGCUUAUCGUUGACGUGCUCCUAACAAAUGGGAACCCAGACAACGCCUGGAGUUCGAUGCAGUACCCUCACAUCCCGAUCCUGGCCUGUAACAUGGACCUGCUGUGGAUGGCCGAGGCAAAGAAUCCCAGGUUUGGUCACGGGAUGUUCCUGGUGUGCUUGGAGAGCCUGUACAAGAAGGUCACGGGCUAUGAGCUGAAGUACGAGGCUCUGAUCGGUAAACCCAGUGUGGUGACUUAUAACUACGCUGAGCUGCUGAUUAGGCAGCAGGCAGAGAGCCUUGGCUGGACCACACCUGUGAAGAGGCUAUAUGCUAUAGGUGAUAACCCCAUGGCUGACAUAUACGGUGCCAACCUCUACAACCGCUACCUCCAGGCUUCUCUGCGUACCAAGGCCCAGAUGCAGGCUAAGAGUGGCGCAGGAGGUGCAGAUCCCUUGGCAGAAGCUGUCGAUGAAGCCCCUAAAAUGACAUCAGCUGAACUAGGCGGAGCGUCAAGUAUGUAUGGGACAGAGGAGGACCUCCCCGAGGGGUGCGUCUCCAUGCUGGUGUGCACAGGGGUGUACAGCAGAGACGAGCAGGAGCUGCCCUCAGACCCGACGCACACUGUCACUGAGCAGCGAAUCUUCCACGGUCACAGGGACUUCCGCUUUGACCCCAGCCUCACCCAGCCGUCCUUCGUGGUGCAGGAUGUAAAGGAGGCGGUGGAGCUGGUGUUUCAGCAGGAAGGCUGGCCUCUGGAGUAGGAUGCGCAGCUCGAGUCUGUCAAACUCAGGCUUCAACUCAAAGCCGUCCAAUAAACAGAUCUUAAUGGAACUUAACAGGUAGUAGCAGAAACUUUAUGCGUGUAUUUUGUUUUCUAAUCUAAGCCCCCGAUUGUCACUGGGGAGAUGAAGCUGUUACUAUGGCUAGUUCUUAGAGAGAAGUGUCAUAGAAUCAGCCAAUAUGCAGGUUUACACUUAAUAUAGUAAAGGGACGCACAUUUUAAGUCGGUCAUGCUUUGUAGUGUGUGACACACUGCUGCAGUACUUUUUUUGCAUUUUUCCUGAACACACACACCCAUGUUUCUGAUGGCCCUACUUACUAUAUAUAUAUAUAUAUAUAUAUAUAUAUAUAUAAAGUCAAGGAUUCUAGGUCAUCAAGUCGUACGUGCUUCCUUUAUGCCUUUGCUUUCUCUUCACAUUGUUAAAGGGUAUUUCUGGUCAUUUUAAAAAUGGACCCUACAUAUUUUAGGGUCUAAAUGACUAUAAAAAAUUAUAGGUACCAUUAGUUCACCUCAGCUGGCAGCUGCAAAACAGGCUGCAAUGGCUACAAUGAAAUCCUUGCAGGCAAUUGCACCCCUCAAAAGUACAUCUACUCCAAGUGCUUGUUUUAGCCACUGACAGACACAGAAGUCUCGCUCACUCUGAAAUCUUGCGAGAGGCAAGUGUUUGCACAAAGCAGGCAGUGGAAAACUAAGUCAUCUUAAAGCACUUGUAAUGGGCUAUAUUUGACGGAUUACGCUGUAGCCACUGUAGCUCGUUUUGCGGCUGCUGAGGCGAUCUGCUGGACCAAUUACAAAACUGUAUGUAGUCAUUUAGAACCCCUAAAAUAUGUGGUUAAAAAUAAUAGGGCACAGGUUUAAAAAUACAAGAAUCACCCUUUAGUUUAAGUGUUGACUUGCGUGUAUUUUUAUUACACUAUCAUGGAUGAGAGUUCAAACAAUGUUUCACCUUAAUCAAGAUAAGAUGGAUUUUCUUUGUACAACACUCUACCUAACUGGGUCAUCUUGCCUUUCCUAAAUAUACACCCACCCAACUAGAUCAGUUCUUUGUUUGUUUUUACUGCUGUCAGCUUGUUUUUUUUUUUAAGAUAGGGUGAAUGUGUAAACCACUAAUGCUGUCGAGAUUAAGCUGCCAGUUUUGCUUUUUACUGAAUCAAUAGUACGGUAAUUUUAUUUUAGUGCUAUUUUAUGAAAGUGUCUGAAUCAGACGAAGUACCUAGAAAUGAAAAGGGUGCUAUUUUUCUGUCAAGUAGUUCUGAAAAUCUUACGAAUGGUUAAUGUCUGUAUUAGAAGACUUUUGUGGGAGAACAAAUUUAAUUACAGUGGCAGCUCCUGUGUCAUAAAGUGCUUGUUUGUCAUAUUUGUAACUGACAGGUAUGACACUGAAUGAUUUGCAGGAGAUUUCAAUUGCAGGUUUAAACUGUGAACUCUGGUAAUGUACUUUAAAAGCAGUACUGAAUUAAAGACCAAUUAAAAAGGAUGGAAGACACAAAAA